AUGGAAUUUAAGAAAGAAAAACUAAGAGCUACUUCAUAAAGAUUUAAAAAGAUAACUUAAAAACUUGGAAUCUAAUCAUUAAAUAAAGAAGAAAGAUUUGAAGAAGGAAUGAAAGAUUUUCAUAAUUUAGAUACAUUUUUUACAGUCACAGAUUUACUGAAAGAUAUGAAUAAAGAUCAGCCAACUCCAGAAAGAUAAGCAUUAUUUGAAAGUUAAUAAACUUUAAUUAAAACAAAACUUAAACUCAAAAAAUGGAAGUCACAAUACCCUGAUUAUUUAAAGUUUGAAGAAAAACCUCCUUAAAUUUAAUAUAGAUAUUAAGUUCCUCUUUUAUAAAAAGCUAAAACAUAUUUAAAUUUAGAAAAAUAUGAACCAUAAUUAAGUAAAUAGAUUGAAAGUUUAUCUUCUUUAUUAAAAGAAAAAUUUUUAAAUGUUGAUUUAAAAGAAUAUCCAUAACUUUAAUUAUUUUAAGAAAUUAGUCAAUUUGAGGAUAAAAGAAUUAGAACAGAAUUUGAUGAAAAUUUGAGAGACAGUUAUAGUAAAGAUAAACUUUCUUAAAGAUUAGAAUAAUGUGAUCAAAAACCAAGUGUCUCUUAUGAUAUAUACUAUAAAAAUUAUCAUAAAUAGGCUGAUUAAUUAAGAAAUAGACUCCAUUAAUAAUAAAUGAAUUUUUUUAAUUAAAAAUGGGGAAAUUCUGUUGUAAAAAUGAAAAUGAAAGAAGCUUAGGAUAAACGUGGAUUCUUAGAAAAAGCAAAAUAAAUAAGAAGACCAGCUGUAACUAAAAAAGUUGUUUUGCCAUAUCUAGCUCCUGUUAUCAAAAAUAUUAUAACUGAUAUUUGUAUGUAGGAAGCUGAAAUGAUGGAAUAAAAAAGAGAUUUUAAAAAAGAUAUAAAAGAAUUAGCAAAGAUUAGUUCAGACUUUUAUGAACCUAAGCCUUAACCAUAAAUUAUGGGAUUAAGAAUUGUAAAUUCUUGA